UUGCCCUUGUCGCACGUUGUUCAAAGUACCCAAGUUGGUUCGACGAGCACAGUGAGCUCUUUCAAAGUCUGCGAUGCCCAUCAAGCACUUGGAAAACUACCUCUCCGAGCGGAAGCACACGCAAUCAUUUUCUCUGUCUGUAUUAUCGGACUCGCGCCUUGGAAUUGAUGCAUCCUAUUACCUCAAAAUAUUGACGGAUAAUCCGCCCUCGCGCGAACCUCUCCUCGCCGCGACUGGUGGGCUUCCCUUGGCGCUAACGACACGUAUCGAGUCUGAUUUGCGUACGCUCGAAAAACUACGAAUAAAACCUGUGUUCGUUUUUCCUGGCCUUUUGCCCAGCAAACGCUGGAAACAAUACCAACAUCACAUGGAGCACAAUGAUGGAUGCAGGGACCGGAGGGAGGCUUGGGCAAAGUAUGAGGCUGGCCAGGAAGACGCCGCUAUAAAAUUAUUCGAGGGCAGAAGUGGGCUCCAGCAAUGGGACUUAUGGCGCAUGGUCUUGAGGAUAUUCAGACAUAGGAAUGUGGAGUUUUUGGUUGCUCCAUACGUCGCUUGGGCUCAGUUGAUUUAUAUGCAACGACACCCGAAAUCAUAUAUUCAUGCAAUCUUUGGACCGACAGACACCAUACUCUAUCCAGGAGUAGACAAAUUAAUUACUUCGCUGGACCUCACCUCUGCGACACCAUCUUUUUCCUUCGUGUCCAAGCGCACUAUCUUGUCUGAUUUGGGCCUCAACGAGGACCAGUUCCUUGACGUUGGCAUCCUUGUUGGUUUCGAGCACUCGCCACCCUUUCCACCAACUGUGCACGAGCAGGCAUUGAAGGCCACGGUGGACAUGGUCAAAUAUUACAAGUCUGGUCAUGCUGCCGUUUCCGCAUUCGCCGAACACCCCGCAGUGAAGAGUAUGCAGUAUCCCGAUCAGUUCGCGCGCACGCGCUCAAUGAUCAAAUACUCCCUCAUAUUCUCAUCUGAAGGAAGUGUUACGCCACUUCCCCUCGCAAUCACCACGCCAGCUCAUGGCCCCAAUCAUCUCCAGCACCCGACAGCUGCGGAUAUACCUUCGGAUCUUCAUGAAAUCUUCACGCACCGUCUUCCUGACGAAAUCUAUUUCUAUCUCUCCCGUGGACUCUUGGGGCCGCAAGCCCUCGUUUGGUUGACCAGUGGGCAGAUCGUUGAACCACCACCGUUGGAUAACGACCGGUCCACGAGCCACAGCUCUCGCGCUCAUUAGCAGUGUUUCACAUCAAUUCUGGAACAACCGAAAGGUGACGGGUAAUUUUUGGUUUGAGGGUCCCGCACCCCACGGCCAGAAGUUCGUCCAACAUAACUCGCCUCAAACUGUGCAGCUUGCAGAACGCGUGGCGGGCUGGAACGUUAGUUAUGCCAUUGUUG